UUUCAACUCCCUCCUCCUCCUGCAUCCCAAUGGAUAAGGAUUAACCAUUUUCCUUCUCCCCUCUCUUUUCUUUAUUUUAUUAACCACCCACCCUGUCCGUCUCCUUCUUCAUUAUCUCUCUCUAUCUCCCCCAUCUGCCUUUUCAUUACUCUCCUCCUUUUUCUAUGUACUCUCCCUCUUCUUCAUCCACGGCUGUUUUUUUCUGCCUUGUAGAUUUUGUCCCCCCGUUCCCCGUGUUUACUUUCAUUUAGUUCCCGCAUUGCAUGCGAGCAAUUGUCGUUGUCCGCUAAUUACUGCGUUUACGUACGUUGAAACUGUCGAUAUGAGGGUCAAAUCUUCUCAGUUAACGCGUGCCGUGACAUGCACCUCCGCCUUCUUCGACCCUUCUCAAGAUCGAAAGCCGGAAGCCGGAAGCGGCGGAGAUCGCGCUCUUCCGGCGAAGGUUGCCGAUGAUAAGUUCAGUACGUCGUCGUCUUCGACGUCUUCUAUCGGCAGGAACAGCGAUCUGUCGUCGGAGAGGUCAAUGGGGGACGAGGAUCGCGGCGAAAAUGAGGCCCAGAGUGCAUACAAUGGUUCUUUGGACAUGAUGCAGUCUUUAGAAGAAGUUUUGCCCGUCAGUAGAGGAAUCUCGAAGUUCUAUAAUGGAAAAUCCAAGUCCUUCACGAACCUGACACAUGCUUGCUCCUCACCGUCCGUGAAAGACUUGGCAAAACCAGACAAUGGCUACAACAGGAAACGCAGAAACUUGAUGGCCUUCAAUCAUGUUUGGAACAAGAAUCGAAGCUUCCCUUUGAAAAGCAACAGCGGAGGAAUUUCAAAGAGAACAAUAUUGAGCUCUAGUCGAAGCGCACUGGCCCUUGCAGUUGCCAUGAACAGCUCUGAUAGCAGCAGUAGUAUAACAAGUGAGGACUCAAUCUCGAAGUCACCUCCAUAUCUUCCCCCAUUGCAUCCUCUAAGUAGUGCGUCUUCUAUUACCAGUGGUGGCUCACCCUCUCCAUUUGCCCACAAUUUCUCAACUUGGCGAUCCUUCUCCUUGGCUGAUCUUCAGCAUUGUGCCACUACUGCAACAAUGAAGAUGCCGAGCUCCUCCUCCCUUAGAAGUGAAACAGCUCUUAGUAAACUAACUUGACAAGUAAAACUCUUGUGUGAAUAAGAGUACAUGUAGCCUCUAGGGCAAGGUUGUAGGGGAAUUUUAGAGGUCUCUUUACAUCUGAUCUCUUUGAACUAGGGUACAGAUUCAGCUGGCGGCGGAUCGACCACUAAGCACUAACACCUUCCUUUGCGCUAUAAUUAGGUACCGUAAACCUAAUUAUUAGUCUUGUAAAGAAAGUAUUUAGUUGUGUAUUAGAGCAUUGGAAUGGAAUGCCUUCCGAUUUGGAAUUCAGGAAGAUUUUCAGCAAAUGAAAUGUUUCCAUUCUUGUGGCAAAACAGAA